AUGCAAUCAUCCUCCGGAUCGCCAUUUGCGGAGAUUAUCACCUCCCUCGCGGUCAUGCAACAAGAACAACACCAGGCCCUGCUGGACUUGAGACAGGAUCAAGAGAGGUGCUUCCAAGUCGUUGUUCAAGCCCAGCAGGAGGACCGCGAGAGGUUCCGGAGCUGGAUUGACCGGGAGGUUCGACCGGAAGCCCUGGAACCUCGAGCUGUGCCCGCCCACCUACCACUCAACAAAAUGGGAUCUGAGGACGACCCGGAGGUAUUCAUCGACCUUUUCCAGAAGACGGCUGAGCUGUCGGGCUGGCCGCGGGACCAGUGGCCGAUGCGCCUGGUCCCGUUGCUCUCCGGGGAGUCCCAGAUAGCGGCACAGCAGCUUCUGGUGCAGAAUCUCCUGGUCUUCGACGACCUGAAAAGGGCCAUCCUCCAGCGGGUCGGCCGGAGCCCUGAAGAACAUCGCCAGCGGUUCCGUUCCCUGGAACUGGGCGAGUCCGGCCGACCGUUCGUGUUGGCCCAACAGCUCCGGGACUCCUGCCGCAAAUGGCUGUUGGCUGAGGGAAGCGACGUGGAGAAGAUUGUCGAUCGAGUGGUACUGGAGCAGUUCAUUACUCGGCUCCCACGGAGGACAGCCGAGUGGGUCCAGUGCCACCGCCCCACGUCGCUGGACUCGGCCAUCCACCUCGCGGAGGACCAUAUGGUGGCGUGCCCAGGGGUCGGCGAACCCCUCCCAUCUGUCUCUCUCUCUCCUUCUUCCCCUUCUGUUCCUCUCUCUCGUCCUGUCCCUCUCCCCAGGUCCCGCCCACCGGGGGCGGGACUGACUUCCGCUGGACAGGACCCCGCUCCUGUUUCUCCGCUUUCUCCACGCCAAUCAUUUACCCCACUCCCUGCCACUGGGGCGGCGGGGAGGUCUGGGCCAGCCUGUUAGCGUUGCGGGGACCCGGAGCAUUUCGUGGACAGGUGCCCAGUGAUGGAGGUUGGGACAAUGGUCCGGGUCCCGGACGCCCCGCAGGCUGCCCCCGGUCAAGCUGGCUGGUAUCAAAUACCUACAGACGCGUCGGACAGGGGGCUGGGUGCCGUCCUGUCCCAGGAGAUAGAGGGGGAGGAACGGCCGGUGCUGUACAUUAGUCGGAAGCUCUCGAAGAGAGAGACUAAGUACAGCACCAUAGAAAAGGAGUGUCUUGCCAUCAGGUGGGCUGUCCUCACCCUCCGCUAUUAUCUCCUGGGACGGGAAUUCACCCUCUGUUCGGACCAUGCCCCCCUGCAGUGGCUCCACCGCAUGAAGGAUACCAACGCGCGGAUCACUCGUUGGUAUCUAGCUUUACAGCCUUUUAAGUUCAAAGUGGUCCACAGGCCGGGUGCUCAGAUGGCUGUGGCCGACUUCCUCUCCAGAAAUGGGGGGGGGGGGGGGGGGGGGGGGGGGGGGGGCGUGGUUCAGCGGAGUCAGCAGCGGGAGACGAACGGUGAGUGAGUGGGUUAAAUGCAAAUGACGAACACCUGUCUCUUGUUUCAGUAAUUGGUGUGGAGAGAGUAUAUAACACCAGGAGAAACAGGAGUGGAGGAGAGAGAGAAGGACUACUGACUGCUGCCCCGCUGGAUACGUCUUUUUGAGAGAGAAUUGUGAAUGAUUUAUGACCGCUUUGUGCCUGUCUGCACCCCUUUUGUUUUUGUAUAUGGUGAAUUAGUGCAAAUAAAGCAGUCAGUAGUCAA